GUGCGUGCACAUUGUUUGCUGUGCUUGCGUUGCGUCUGUAUCUAUCUGUAUAUGAUAUCUUUUGCAGCUUUCCUUUACUAACUUUUCACUUUCCUCUCUCUCUCUCUCUUCUCUCUCUCUAGGAAGUAGAGGUCCUUUUUGGAAGAGAGAUUCUUGAGCGAGCUUAUCCUUCUUUCUAUUAAUCUUACUCCACAGCGGCAGAAGAGAGGAGAAUCUUAAAUUUGUUCAAGUCCUUUUAAUUACUUACUCUAAAGUAAAUCUUCUCCUUUUCCAUUUUGCCUUUUCUCUAUGGAUUUGUAUUGUAAACUUGCACUAGCUAGCUAGUAGCGGUAGCUACUACUUCAUUCAAAUCUGGGUUUUCCUCUAAUUAGUUAAACACCCGAAUAUAUAAUUUCAUAUUUCCUUCAAGAAUCUGUGUAUUAGUUAGUAGUGCUGCAGUUUUAGUUAGGCUCUUCUUUGAGCUGUUCCUUCCUGUUGCUGUUUUCUCACUCAUCACGCCGUCUGUCAUCUGUUGAGGUGUAUCAUCAGCUCCAGACUCCAGCUCAAUCAUGGCAUGGGUACGAUUCCUUUUUCUGUUUUGAUGUAUGUGGAGACACUCUAGCUUCUCUUCCUUCCUAGAUCCGCUCCUCAUCACCUUAAUUUCAUUUUCUUGCAUCACUUCACUUGGGACUUGGGGUGCUCCACUCACUUAGCAACCUUCUCUGCUUUUGCGUUUUUUUGCCAUUUAUUUGCUUUGCUGCUGCUAACUCUGCCUGCGUCACAUUGCAUCAAGACUAGCUGUCUUUACCUUCAACCUGGCCAACUUGUGUGUUUGAAUUUUGAAUUAUUUGAAGGAGAAAAUGAGGUGGUUUUCAGUGGGUAUCAAGGUAGUUUGUUUGGUUUCAAUGAUGUGCACAGUGAGUGGCAUUGGUGCAAACUGGGGCACACAGGCAUCCCACCCUCUUCCCCCAGACACUGUAGUUAGGCUGCUGAGAGAAAAUGGGAUUCGAAAGGUUAAGCUUUUUGAUGCGGAUUAUGACACAUUGAGAACCCUGGGCAAGUCUGGGGUUGAGGUCAUGGUUGGUAUUCCUAAUGAUAUGCUUGCAUCUCUGGCCACCAGCGUUAAGGCUGCUGAGAAAUGGGUUUCCAAGAAUGUCUCAGCACACUCCUCCAGUAAUGUCAAGAUCAGGUAUGUUGCAGUUGGAAAUGAACCUUUCUUGGAAACAUACAAUGGCAGCUUCCUCAGAACAACCUUCCCUGCUCUGCAGAAUGUCCAGUCUGCCCUGAUAAAAGCUGGCCUUAGCAACCAAGUAAAGGUGACUGUACCCCUCAAUGCUGAUGUCUAUGCAAGUUCAAAUGGGCUUCCAUCAGGUGGUGACUUCCGAACUGAUAUCCAUGGGCUAAUGCUUCAAAUUGUCAAGUUCUUGAGUGACAAUGGUGCCCCCUUCACCGUGAACAUUUACCCCUUUAUAAGCCUUUACAUUGACUCCAACUUCCCUGUUGAUUAUGCUUUCUUUGAUGGCAAUGCAUCACCUAUUACAGAUGGUAGUUUAACCUACUACAAUAUGUUUGAUGCAAAUUAUGAUACUCUUGUGUGGGCCCUGCAAAAGAAUGGCUUUGGAAACUUACCAAUCAUAGUUGGAGAGAUUGGAUGGCCAACAGAUGGAGACCAGAAUGCUAACAUAGUUUAUGCUCAGAGGUUCAACCAAGGUUUCAUGUCCCACACAUUGGGUGGCAGAGGAACCCCAAUGAGACCUGGUCCAAUUGAUGCUUAUCUAUUCAGUUUGAUUGACGAGGAUGCUAAAAGCAUUGAUCCAGGAAAUUUUGAACGACACUGGGGAAUAUUUACUUUUGAUGGGAUAGCAAAAUACCAGCUUAACCUUGGCAGCACAAAUUCAGGGUCCUUAGUUCCAGCAAAAGGUGUGCACUAUUUGGAGCGCAAGUGGUGUGUGAUGAAGCCAUCAGCGAACCUUGAUGACCCACAAGUAGCACUGAGUGUGAGUUAUGCUUGUGGACUUGCCGAUUGCACCAGCCUUGGUUACGGAACAUCUUGUGGCAGCUUGGAUGCUCGAGGAAACAUUUCGUAUGCGGUUAAUAGUUACUACCAGAGGAACAAUCAACUUGAUGUAGCUUGCAAGUUUCCAAACCUUUCAAUGAUCACCAAAACAAACCCAUCAGUUGGAUCUUGCAGAUUUGAGAUAAUGAUCGAACCAUAUUAUGGCGGUGCAGAAAGGAGAUUCGGGUGCCUCCAAAAGCCUCUAAGCCUGGUUGCACUUAUCAUUUUCUUUUCACUAACCGUUGUGUGAAUUCCAAGGCUUCGGAUUCAUGAGGAACCACGUUACCUAGACCAUUCCAUUUCAUGUAGGAUAACCUAGUGAAGGUAAAGAGCAAUUGACCAUGGCAUAGUUGCAGUUCAUGUGUUUGAAAUUUGGAAGGUAAACAGUCAAGUUGUCAGCAAUUUGCAUAUUUGAAACUUGAAUUGCCUUGAAUUAUUUUUACCAUGAAGAAAGUUUUGUCUUAACUUAUCGCUUCAGCUGGGAUUAUUAAUGGGAGUGUGUUUUUCUGGGAUUA